AGCGCGGUCACACUGACGAAAAUAAAGAGGAAAAAAAGUUCCAACACAAUACAAUUCAAUUCACAAUUCCCAAUUCCCAACGCAUAAUCCGUUGGCCAAGAUUUCGACUUUAGCUGACGGGCCCCGACAAUUUAGAUGUGUUCCAAGUUGUAGUGCCACGCCUCCCGCGAGUGUCCCCGCCCCCCAAGAAAGGUUAGCAGCAGCAGAAGCAGCAGCAGCGUUUGAAGGAAACAGCGAGGAAACAGGCAAGGAAAAGGAAAGGAAAAGCCAGUGAGCGAGAGCGAGAUGGCUGCCGAAAUGCUCGCGGCCCUCAAUCCGAACCCAAAUCCCAACUCCCCGAAGCCCCUAUACGAUCUAUCGCUGCAAUCGCUCAUCGGGAGCAUGAACACCAAGGUUCCGGCGCUGGACAGGAUCAGCCGCCUGGCGGAGCUGCCGCGCAACCUGCUCAUCGAUGUCUACGAAAUGAUGUCGCAGCAGGAGUCCUUGAAGGACACGCUGCUGGAGGAGCUGGCCCAGCUGGAGGUGUUCUCCCGUCUCGUCCGCUACUCGGCUGCCCGCAGCAAGUUGCUGCGCAUUAUGGCCUCGCUAAUGGCCAGCAAAAAGAUGCUGGCCAGAAGUCUCAGCGAGAACUAUAUGUCGCGCUAUGGGAUUCCAGGCUACGAGGAGGAGGAAGUCAAGGAACUCCAGCAGAUGGAACCGUUGAGUUUGAACAAGAAUCAUCAAGAAGAUCAGGAGGAGGAUGGAUACGAUGGUGGGGAAACGACAGAGGCAGCAGAGGCCAGCACAAGUCCACCCGCUCCAAAUUACCCCCGUACCCAAUUCAGCCCAAUCGCAAAGCACGAAGAACCCCAAGGCCCAUUAUAUGGCCCGUCGCAGGGCGAACUCAGUGUGAUUAGCGACUUGGAGCUCGAGGAGCUGCCCGCCGAGGAGAUGCAGGCCAUCGACCUGGGCCUGCGCCUCGGAUCGUUCCUUUCGGAGGCCGGUUGGAUGCAGGAGAGCAUAACCGUGCUGGCCAGCCUCAAUGGAAGACUGAAGCACCUGCCGCCCCAUAAACACUGGCUGGAGUUGCGCCUCGACUGCCUGCAGCGCCUGCUUUACGCCGAAUCGGCCCAUUGCAACUUUAAGCUGGCGCAGCACACCUGCGACGAACUGAUGGGUCUGAGAAGUUCGCUUAAUAACCUUGUGCCUGCCCAGCUGGUGGCCAUAGCCUACACCCAGAUUUCGGCCAUGUUCUUUGCCCGCAACGAGUACACCAGCAGUCAUAGGUGGAGCGGUCAGGCGAUGCAAUUUCUGCGUGGAUCGGCGACACCGCGCAUCACCAUCGAUGUUCUGCGCCAGGCGGCCAAGGCCUGUGUCGUGAAGAGAGACUUUGCCCGGGCCAAUCUGCUCAUCUGCCAGGCGGUGCGACGCGCUCGUGAACAUUUCGGAGUUAAGCAUCAGAAGUACGGCGAUGCCCUGCUGGACUAUGGCUUCUUCCUGCUCAACGUGGACUCGGUGUUCCAGUCGGUCAAUGUGUACAAGGAAGCGCUGGCCGUGCGCCGCGGAAUCUUUGGCAACAUGAACUUCCAUGUGGCCAUUGCCCACGAGGAUUUGUCCUAUGCCUACUAUGUGCACGAGUACAGCACCGGCGACUUUAGCUGUGCCCAGGAUCAUGUGGACAAGGCGGUGAACAUAAUGAAGAAUCUGGUGCCCAGCAAUCAUUUGAUGUUGGCCUCGGCGAAGCGCGUGAAGGCGCUGCUGCUGGAGGAGAUUGCGCUGGACAAGAUGGCCGACGGGAUGGAUGAGGAGGAUCUGCUGCUGCAGUCCGAGGAGCUGCACAAUUUCGCCCUGCUGCUCUCGCUCGAAGUUUUCGGCGAGGAGAAUGUGCAGACGGCGAAGCACUAUGGAAAUCUGGGGCGUCUAUACCAAACGAUGAAUCGCUUCGAGGAGGCGGAACGAAUGCACCAGAAGGCGAUCAAGAUAAAGACCGAUCUGCUGGGUGCCUUCGACUACGAGGUGGGCCUGUCCAUUGGCCACUUGGCCUCGCUGUACAACUAUCAAAUGAAGAAGUACCGUGAGGCCGAGAAGCUCUACCUGCGCAGCAUUGAUAUAAGCCUGCGUCUGUUCGGUCACUCGUACUCUGGCCUGGAGUAUGAUUACUUGGGCCUGUGCCACGUUUACGAAACGCUGCACGACUUUGAGAAGUAUUUGAAGUAUGCGCACACACUGGAGAACUGGCAGAUGCUGCGUGGCCAGAACCUAACUCAAAAUAAGUCCAGCUACCCCGCCAUCGAGGUGGACUAUUCCAUCGAGGAGGUCAAGAACAAGUUCUUCAGCAUGUGCGUCUGCAAAAGCAGUCCAACCCGUUCGGAACCGGCGGAGGUGAAUCCAAACUGAGAUGGGGUUUUGGGAGUGGGAGCGCAAGUGGAAGUGGAAAUGGAUAUAGUGGCGAGUGAGGAUGAGGAUACAAUCGCAAUCGCACCCACACCCCCCGCAUCGGAUGGCACAAACUGGAGGGCAAACUGCAGCAGCAGCAGCAGCAGAGGCGGCAACAUCUGCAGUUUGUCUUAGAUAAGAGAGAUAUUCGCAUAAGUUAGCCCACGUUGAUUAGACAGAAAAGAAGAGAAAAGAAGGAGCAUCGAAGGAUCGACCCGCGUGUGUUCUAUAUGAAUGUCUAAGUAUAGUUAAUAGCAUAGAUCGGGUUUUAAAUGUUUUCUCUUUGCUUUCCAUUUCUAUUUCCAUCGAAUAACCCCAUAUACCCAUACUAUAUGGGUCAGUUCAGCAAGUUGUGUUCCAGCCAUCAUCGAAUACGUCCAGUACCCCUUAGUUCCCACAGUUUUCGAGGAAACCACCCAGUAGUCCUGUUUAGUUUUGCCAGUCAGAAGAAGAUGAACCUCUAGGCUAUAAGAUGUAGUAGUAUUGUUGCAGCUUCGGCGGGAGAUCGUUGAGCAAGGAUUAUUUUUUUAUGUAUUCCCCGCGUCUUGGCCCAUGUACAAAUGUUUAAGUUUUAAUGGAUUUUCGCGUCUAAUAAUUCUACCUUUGUAUCGAUCUUUCUUAUAUUUUUUGUAAACUCGAAGAAAAAAAGGCCAGUAGUCGCUUCGCUUUUGUUUCGCUUUCUCUCUAGGUGUAGUGGAAUGUACUCAAUUUUUAUAAUUUCAAUCACCUACUACUACGUACUAACGUCUUGUUGUUAGUGCGCUUGAAGAGCACAGAAGAUGAAGAAGGUGAAGUUGUUGUAUAGAGAGCGUAUUGUAUAGUCUAGCCUAUAGCCUAUCCGAAAACGAUAUACUAAAUAUAUAUAUAUAUAUUUCUAAUGCUGCGUACGCAUGGAACGUGGAUACAAAAAAGUAUUGCCGCGCAGCCCCCCAAACUAAAGUUAAACAAAAAGCAACUGGCGAUGGGAAAGCUUUGUAAAUAACUACUCGGGUUGAAUAUUACAGCUUCCAGUUACAGACAGAAACAAAAAAAAAAGGUUUAUUAUAAUACUUGCAUAUACAUAUAUAAAUAAAUAAAUAAACGCCUAAAAAUAAAGACAAUUUAUACCAUUAACAUUUGCUACCUAGGGCGAUACUUAUAACACAACACAAUUGUAGUUGCAAAACUCUUUUUGGCAUUACUUAGCGAUCUAGUUUAAGAGCGACGUCGUAAAUCUCAAAAUAAAAUAACAGCAAAUUUGAAAUUUA